AUGACAUUGGGGAAUAAUUGCAUCGCGUUUAUGUUUGAUGAGAUUCGAUAUGAACUUGACGGUGUAGAGAUUGAUUGCAACAGAAACGUUGGAAUAACCAGCACGCUCAAGAAUUAUAUAACCAUGUUAUCCAACAGAACCAAAAUUGUGGAUAACGCUGGUUGGGAUCCGUGGCAUCCUGCGAAUGGAUACUUUAAUUUUUGCGUACCACUUAACAUGCUACUGGGAUUUUGCGAAGAUUACAAACGCGUGGUGAUUAACGCUCGUCACGAGUUGAUCUUGAUACGCGCGCGCAACGAUAAUAAUUGUCUAGUCGGCGAUUCAGCGCAGGAACCGGAAAUUGAAUUAUUCAAAGUACAGUGGCGAAUGCCGCAUGUGCUGUUGAAUGAGAAAAAUAAACUAUCGAUGCUGCGUGCUCUGGAAAGCGGGCGAUACCUUAGCAUGGCUUUUCGCUCGUGGGAUCUGUAUGAGUUUCCAUUAUUGCAACGCACAACCAAACAUACAUGGGCUAUCAAGAUCGCUACUCAGCUCGAGAAGCCACGUUACGUUGUCUUCGCUCUGCAGGCUGGUAGACAUUCAGAAAAACGUCAUGCUUGA